UCACAAUAGACGAUGUGACCAGCCGACCGUACCUAGCAACAGCUGUGUGUGGCGUUGCCAGAAAUCGUUUCAGUGAAAUCGAUAUACACAGCUGGUUAUCGAAUCACAGCAUAAGUAGAAAAUUUUUAUUGCAAAGUGACGCGUGCAUUCUCCGCAAAUUAUUUGUGAUAAAAGUGUUAAGAGUACAGUUGUAUUGUUUUACUAACGAAUUUCAAGAUGACUGAAGAGUGGCAGAGUCAAAACUUUCGUCAGAAUGUGAUUUCCAAGAUCCAUGAUUUGAUACCCCAAGGCGGCAGUGAGCCGAACAAGAAUGCCAGCGUCAUGGAGAGUCACAUUUUCCGCAAGUCUCGCAACAAGGAUGAGUAUUUGGGCCUGGUGGCCAAACUCUUCAUGCACUACAAGGACAUGUCUCAGCGCAAGUCAGCUCAGCAACAACAGCAGCAGCAGCAACAACAACAGCAGCAACAACAGCUGCAGCAACAGCAACCGCCGCCGCCCAAUGCUGAAAUGGGUCAGCAGAACAUCAUGCAAGAUCCGUUGAACGCGCUGCAGACGUUGGCCAGCCAAGGCAAUCGUAAUCCGCAGCUGAUGCCGAUGUCUGGUGCACCGCAGGUACCUAAUCAAAUGGUGGCUGGCGGCCCUGUUGGCCCAGGUACCGCCUCAAAUUUGCUGCAAUCACUCAACCAGCAGCGUCCCGGGCAGCAGCAACAGCAGAUGCAACCCAUGCCCAAUAUACGCGGCCAGUUGCCACAGCAGAUGGUGCAAGUGCAGCAAAUGGGCGCGGGCAACGGACCCGGCGGACCCAUGAAUGCCAUGGGCCCAGGACCAGGUGUUCAAGGGCAGGGACAGCAAGGCAUUGUGCCCAACCAAAUGGUGGGACCGGGACCCAACAGCGGACCCACUGGACCAGGCCAAAUGUCGCCCAUGGUGCUGGGCAUGAAUCCCAUGAUGCGUCUGCAGCAAGGCAUGCAGGGCAUGCCCUCAAACAUGCAACAGCAGCAGCAGCACAACGUGGUGGGCGGUCCGGCGGGUCCACAGCAACAGGUGGGCGGUCCAGCUGGGCUGCCGCUGAACGCUGUGAAUCCCAUGGGCGGCAUGAACGUGAACAUGGCGCCGAACAUGCAGCAAAAGCCCAACAUGGGACCCAUGGGGCAGACACCGCAAAUGUUUCCCAACAAUCGAGGUGGUGUUGUUGGCGGUGGACAGCAGCAACAGCAGCAGCCGUUUAUGCGCUCAAGUCCCUCGCCAGCGGAUCCGCAACAGUUGCAGCAACUGCAGCAAUUGCAACAACAACAGCAGCAGCAACAACAACAACAGCAGCAGCAGCAACAGCAACAACAAGUGCAGCAACAACAGCAAUUGGUGGGCAACCAAACGCCCACACAACAACCGCCAACUCCACAAAUGCCAACACCUCAAAUGAUACCAAGUCCGGCGCUUGUGCCGCAGUCGAGUCCGCAAAUGAUGAUGCCGAACUCGCAGCGCAACAUUCGUCAGCAGUCACCGAGUGCAUCGAUCAAUACCCCCGGCCAGGUGACUGGUAACAGUCCGUUCAAUCCCCAAGAGGAGGCGCUAUAUCGCGAGAAAUACAAGCAGCUGACCAAGUACAUUGAGCCGCUGAAGCGUAUGCUGGGCAAGAUCAGCAAUGAUGGAGCCAAUGUCGAGAAGAUGACCAAGAUGAGCAAGCUGCUCGAGAUCUUGUGCAAUCCAACGCAACGCGUGCAAUUGGACACGCUGCUCAAGUGCGAGAAGGCGCUGGAGAAGAUGGAUCUGUGCUCUUACUCCGGUCAGCAGUUUGGCAAAUCUUCGAAUCCGCUACUCGAAGUCAUCAACACAACGCUGCAGAGUCCGCUGGCCAAUCACACGCUGCAUCGCACUUUUCGUCCCACACUCGAGCUGCUCUUUGGCACCGAUAUCUGUGCUCCGGUGCCAGCCAAGCGACCGCGUCUCGAGGACAAGAGCUCGCCCUUUGAUCAGGACGUGCCGUAUGUGCUGCAAGGCGAAAUCGCUCGGCUCGACAGCAAGUUCAAGGUGAAGUUGGACACCACAGCGCAGAACAACAACAAAGCAAUUCGAUUGAUCUGCUGUCUCGACGACAAGCGAUUGCCCAGCGUGCCGCCCGUGAGCGUUAGCGUGCCCGAAGAGUAUCCCUUCCAGUCGCCGGAUUGUUCGCUCACCGAGCAGGAAUACUCGGCCACGCCUUUUCUGCAAAUGGUGCAACAGGCGCUGGUCGCGCGCAUGUCCAAGCUGCCGAGGAACUAUUCGCUGUCACAUCUGCUGGACACCUGGGAGAUGGCUGUGCGUCAAGCGUGCUCGCCUCAAUCGAAGCCGCGACCCAUUUGCGAGCUGAGCGCCUUGUUGGGUGUUUAAAUCGCGAAUCUCCGUAUUCCACGUACUUAUAGAGGAGUAUGGCGAGGAUCUCUCUGUCAUUAUAGACUACACAUCUACUCUAAAUUGCUUAUCCCUUAUAUAUAUAAUUGGAAUAUAUUGAAAUCCGCAUGGAGUUUCUCAACUGAAAAUACACAUUAUGUAUGCUCAAAAACACCGACAGCGUUGGACGAAUAUAAGGAGAUAUCCAGGAAUUUAUUUAUUACAUUAAUAGGACCUUCUGAUGGUGUAUUAAUCCAACAGCUCCUGAACAACAAUCAAGCAAUAGUUCCAGAUUAGUAGCAGAAAUUCAUCUAGGAUCUUCUUAUGGUGUAUUAAUUCAACAGUUCCUGAAGAACAGUAGGACAAUCAAGCCGUAGUUCCAGAUUAUUAGCAGCCCAGAAACAAUUCAUCUAGAAAUCGCAUCAAGAACUUAAUCAAAUCAAAAUCAAUUUACCAGUUCCUGAUUGUAGCAGACACUUAAAGGAAUUAAUAUCCCCAUUUCUGAAGAAAUCAAAAUCAAUUUACCAGUUGAAUUUAAAAGAAUUCGAAUUCCAAUCAAUCCAAGACCUUCCCCCAAAUUUUACUGAACAAAAUUCAUACCAACUCGGGAGUUCCUGAAUGCUGAACAAAUUAAUCUUUUAAACGUAUAACAAAGUAUAACACUGUGUGCCUAUAACAUUAAACCUUUUAAUCCAAAAAUGUUAUUAGAAGUAAAGGGAUUCAUCCCUUUAAAUAACAAUCCAGGAGUUCUUUAAGGAAUAUUAUUUUAACCCAAAAGUUUCAAACAUAGUGAAUUAGUUCCUGAGUGGUAGCAGUCCCAAAUUUGUUUAACAAUUCUGGAGUUAUUAAGGAAUCUCUCACACAAUCCCUUGUUAAGGAAUUCAUCUCUUGCACAAUCCCCAUAUUACACUUCAAGAAAAGGAAUUCAUCUUUUAACCAUUCAGCUUUAUCAUUUUCGAUUCGCAGAGGUCGUUAACAUGGCGAGAUCUUCCGAUAAAAUAAUGCUAUAAAUUAACGUGGCAAAAUCUACAACAAGAGGGAAUCAAUAUAGCAACAACAUCGAUAUUAAUAAAAAUGGACGAUGUUCAAAAUAUGGCGCCAAUGUAAACUAUAAGCUCCUCAGCUGGUAUAUUUUUCAUCGUAUUGCAGCAUGCGGUCACACGGAAUUUGCGAACAGCUGCGUGCAAAUUACUUUUUUUUUUGUGUAGUGUCACACUUGCAGGUGUCAAUUAGAAAAUUGAAUUAAAAAUGAAAUUAACAAUAAACAAUGUGGUUGCAAGUGUUGAAAAUGGCAACGUACAAGUUGCAAGUCCUUGACGAACGUCUAGAGUGAAGGCAAGUGAAAAUAUGGUGUAAGUGCGUGAGAAACAUGCGUCGGGUUUCGGCUUUUUGUUUUGAUUCUUAUCAUGCUGCGAAACAGACGGCAAAGCGCGCGUCGCAAUGAAAAAUAAAGUAAAAACAAAAUGGAAAAGCUGUGAGAGUGCGCGCGCAAUCGGGAAUCGGGUGUAAAGCAAUUCUCUGCCGCUGCCUCAGUAGCGACGCCACCGGUUUUAUGCUGCCGACACGACGUGGAGCUUUCGGCAGUUGGCUCCAACGAAGCAGCGCAGCAGCAGCAACGACGACGACAGCGGCAGCAGAAUUCAGUUGUGAGCAAGACUUUGCACUGUUCGGACGUCGCUCGCCCACGCUACGCAAAAGAAAGCAACAACGUCACGUCUCACGUCACGACUCGUCUCGUUUUCGACACGUUAAAAGCACGCUACGCCGACGCCGUCAUCAUCAUCGUCGUCACCUUCAGCAGCGACGCUUUUAAGAGCAACACGCGACAUCAGCAAAAGCGACAAUAAAAACAACAACAAUAAGUAGUAACAAUUGCUAAUCAGCAUGGAAUAAGAUCUCAAUUGAUGUGCGGUAUUCCAAUCAGAGCGAUGCCAAUCUGAUUCCGUUUCCGAUUACGUUACGUGAGUUUUGAGUGUGUGUGUGUAGUUUGCUCGCGAUCGUCGCGCGCCUCGUUAAAAAUUAAUUAAAAAUUGAAUGUACGCUAAAAGGUCACACAGAAUAAUUGUAAUCAGAGAAUAAUUAUUAAAUAUUGAUAUUUAAUAACUGCAUGCGUUGCAUUCCAAUUCGAAUUGGAAAUCUGGAAAUCUCUCGUGUAUCGCGUAUCGUGUGUGUGGAUUGUG